AUGGUUGACCAAAGAAAUGAUGAGAACAGUGAUGAUGUGACCCCUCUUGAACCGGACGUGAAUCCUGACUCAUCACCUCAAGAACCAGAAAAGGAUGAAGAUGAAGAGAAUGAAGAUUGGAAGAUCAUCGAAUACUCAGAUUCAGACAAAGAUCAAACUAUUGUCGAUAUCGACGGGUAUGGAGGUUCACCUAGUAAUUCAGAACUGUGUACAGUCGUUCAUCCGGUGGCGAAUGUCACGUUGGCCUUAGAACUAGCUAAAGCUCUUCGUUUGGACGUUAAUGACAUCAUAGUUCUCAUUGCUCCUCACGACCCUGCAUUAAUGGAGAGAUUAGCAUGGCAACUCCUUCAUCAAUUGUGUAGACGUCUACGAAGACAGGAAAAGGAAGAGAAGGUGUCUACGCUUCUUCAAGGAUACAACAUCGAAGACGCACAAACAGGCAUUGGUGAAAUCUGUGCCAAAAUUCGGACUACUCCAGACCUCAUCGACCUCUCUCAAAGGUUGGAUCUGCCAGCUUCUGAAAUUCUUCAGGUGAUGGCUUCAUCUUUGACCUUUGAACCUGCCUCGAUACGACGGGUGGUACUAAAAAUGCUUCAGAAAUGGGCCGAACAAGGAGGAACAAGGCUGAGGUUGCUUGAAAUGGUUCAAGCUUUUAAUUUCAUCGAUGCUGCAGAACACAUAGCCAGAGCAAUACCAAACCACCCAGGUUUCUUGGAUCAUUUCACACAUGGCAUCAUUGAUCAUGAUGGUGGAGACCUGACGCUAAAGGAACCUGAUAUACGGGUAUCUAUUCCUUCAGGAGCGAUCCUCAAAGGAAUGAGAUCAGUCGUUACUCUCACGAUCUUACAAGGAAGUUCGUCCAAGUUUCCCCUGGAUCCUGGCGAGGUUCUUAUAACACCGACCAUCCGAUGUUCCUCCAACCAUGAUCUUCUCAGAUCUGCAACUGUAGUGCUUCCACACUACAUUGCUUCAGAUCAAUACCAGCAGAAGAAGAAAGACUUGUGUGUGAAGCUAUAUAGCAAAAUAGGACCAGGAGAAUUUGGUUACAGGACUUUGCUUCCUGAAUCGUCGAAGGGUAUUGAGAUCUCAGAAGACAGGGUUACCUUCUCGACACGUCAUCUUCAAUACUUUGCUCUGUCUUCAAACGAUAUUCAUGGAGUUCAGUUCAUCUGUGAAGUAUCACAGCCUAUGUUCAUGAGCAACAUCCAGCAUCCCAAUCUUCUAAUCUACAUAGCACAUCCUUGCAACACUACAAGUGUAAGAGGACAGAAUUAUAGCUUAUCAGAACCAUUCUAUGAAGUCACGACUGUAAUCAAAUUCAAUCUGGAAUCUGCUGAAGAUGACAUCAAGAUUUCAUGUCUAACUGGCUCAGAGAAGACCCAAGAAACUGUUCAUGCGUGUUCCCUACUAUCUGGAGGUUGUAAUACUAUCAACAUCAAUCUGCCGCCCUCAACCAAUGAUAAGAUUGUUCGUGUUUCCAUUGAGCAAGGCCUGGGGCUGGUCAAACUCGCAGAACAAGAAGUUAAUAUCCGUAAAGAAGGUAUGUGA